GAACCUAUAGCUCAAUCUAGCUCGUGAAUCAUAAGUAUAACCAUCUAACUCAAUCUAUUAAUUUUCUUUCAAAUCUGUCAGAUCGCUCGGGCUGAAUAAGAUUGGGUCAGAUUUUGUGCAGCCUGCACCGAACCAUUAAAGAAGAGGCAAAAUUAGGGUUCUUGGGGCGUGUUUGGGAAACGAGUUAGUGUAGUACUGUGUCUGGAUUUUGAACCAGUUCAAAGAAAAAGCCCAAUACCCGGAUAUUAGCGGCCGUUAUCCCCUCUUUAAACCGAUGACAGUCAGUAAACACCUUCAGGCUACUCUCUUUCCCCUCCUUUUUCUCUUAACAUGAAAUUUUGUUGAUGCCAUUGUUUACAGAAAUGAAAUUUGGUAGAUUGACCAGUGUAUUCUACACUAUUAUUCGUUUGGGUUCUCGUGAUGUAUUGGGUUCCUCGUUUUACUCGACAAAACCCUCCACUGCUUGGAAAUUUAGAGGACCAGGAGAAGACAAUCUGGGCCAGCUCUACCGCCGGAUUUCGCCUGUCGGUGAUCACAAGGUCUCAAUUGUUCCAAUACUUGAUCAAUGGAUCGAAGAAGGACGAUCUGUAAAUAGAUUUCAACUCAUUGGCGCCAUCAAGGAACUCCGGUAUUACAAACGUUACUCUCAUGCUCUUGAGAUUUUGACGUGGAUGACUGACAAAAGAUACUUCGCACUUUGUUCGCCUGACAUUGCCCUCCGUCUGGACUUGAUGUCAAAAGUUCAUGGGAUAGAAGAAGCUGAGAAGUAUUUUAAUAAUGUUCCACAAAAGCUCAAAGUUGUUGAGGUUUAUGGUGGACUCCUCCAUUGUUAUGCUCAUGCAACACAUGUUGAAAAAGCAGAGGCAUUGAUGCAAAAGAUGAGGGAUUUGGGUUUUGAUAGGACGUUGUUCACUUACAAUGACAUGCUUAAUCUUUAUUACCGGACUGGAAAUUUUGAGAAACUUGACGCUUUGGUGCAUGAGAUGGAAGAAAAUGGCAUUGUUUAUGAUAAAAUCACAAUCAGCUUACAACUAAGUGCCUAUGCAGCUGUUUCUAACAUAGAAGGAAUGGAAAAGGUUAUUAAGAAGAUGGAAUCUGAUAGGAAGAUUGUUUUGGAUUGGAUAACUUAUUCUGCUGCGGCAACUGGGUAUGCAAAAGCAGGGCUUGCGGACAAGGCUUUAGAAAUGCUGAAGAAAUCGGAGAGACUUAUUACUAGCAAAAGAAGUAGAGCAUAUGAAGGCCUUAUCACACAGUAUGCAACACUAGGGAAGAAAGAUGAAGUUUUAAGAAUCUGGGAACUUUACAGGAAGAAAGAGAAGGUUUACAAUAAGGGAUAUACGAGAAUCAUAACCUCUCUAUUGAAGUUUGAUGACAUUGAAAGUGCAGAAAAGAUUUUUGAGGAGUGGGAAUCUCAGAAUCUAUUUUAUGAUAUCCAAAUUCCGAACUGCUUGAUUGGUGCUUAUUCCAGAAAAGGUCUUUUGGAGAGGGCUGAAAAUCUCAUCGACAGGGCAGUAUCAAAAGGAGGAAAAACUAAUGCAUUAACAUGGUGUCAUCUGGCAACAGGGUAUCUUCUGAAGGAUCAAACUGCGCAAGCUGUGGAAACAAUGAAGAAAGCAAAAGUGGUUUUGCAACCUGACAGGAUGCCAAGCAAAGAGAGGCUGGCUUCCUGUUUGGAGAACUUGAAGGGGGAGGAAAAUUUUGAGAAAGUGGAAGAGUUCAUAAAAUUACUUAUGGAUAAUGGUAUAAUUUCUUUAGAUAUGAAGGAGAGAUUGUUGAAUCAUAUCAAAGCUAAGAACUCUGGCAGCGCACAUGAGUUCUGGGAGCCAGAUGGGGAUGUUAGUGACUUCAUAUUAGAGGAAAAACAUUGAAUGCGACUCUGAAAAGUUUCUUUAGUGAGAAAAAAGUAGGUAGGUAUGCAGGAAGAACAUUAAAGCAUUAAAAGCAUUGUAUUUGAUCUCUCAACGCUAGUCAUUAACAGGAGUGAACUGAGCUUGAAUCUGUCCGGCUCGAAGAUCGGUUCGAAACUCAACACAAGCUCGAUUCGAGUUUGAUUUGAACUCGACUUGAGACUUGAAUUCAACUCGAAAAAUUUUAAGCUUGAGGCCCAAGUAACUUAAAAUAAUACUCACUCCGUCCCAUUUUGUUUGCU